AGUCCAGACUGCAGACUGGAGACUCUCAGGAGACAUGGUGAAACGAUUAGAGCCAAGAUCCAGAAGACCUGUGACUCCGAUGUGGAACAGGAAGUGAAGACAGACAGAAAGGCUCCUGAAUCCUUCUCACCUGAACUCACAACUGAGUCUUCAUACAGGUUCAGGUGUCCUGGUCCAGGUGAGUUCCAGUGUGCUUCGACUGGCCUGGUGUUCGUCAUGGCUCAGGAGGCGGAGCUUCUGUACAGGACUGUCCCUUGGGAGGAGAGCUUCCUCCAAUUAGCUGGCAAGAAGGCAGCAGGGCCGCUGUUCGAGGUGAAGAGUUCUGGUGAAGCUGCCGUCUGCCAGCUCCACCUGCCACACAGUGAGACAGAGGAUGCGCUGCUCCUGGACGGCCUGUUGUCUGUCGUCCACAUCACUGAUGAAGGCCUGAGCAUCUUGGAGCCACUGGAGGUCACACGCACUCACGUGGUGCUGAAGGUGCCUCACUUCUCUCUCUUUGGCCUGGUCUGGGAUAUCAUUAAAAGGGUUCUGCUUCUGCGGAUAAAGGGCAAGAUUCUGGUGUUCCUAAGACCCCCGGUCAGAGAGGAGCAAACACUGGAUAUACAUCUGCUGCAGAAAAACGUCCCUAAGAAGGAGGUUGCUGAUCAACACAGACGUGCUGAGAACAUCACAAUCUCCUCCGAUUGUGAGCUGGAACUGUACAAAGGUUACAGUGUGCACUGUGAACCUGAGGGCUUCUUCAUUCAGCCUGAGAGUAAAACAUUUGAAUCCAGUUUUGGACCAGAUUACGAUCCGACAUUUCAAGUUUCCCUGACGACGAGCACAGAGACCGUGGAUUUGAAGCUCAAGGACGAAGAUGGAAAUGAAGUCUGGUAUUGUCGCCUGUCACUGGAAGGUACAAGGCAUGCAUUGUCCCAGAGAAAUAUCCCAGCAGAGAGCAGAGUCCCAGCAGAGAGCAGAGUCCCAGCAGAGAGCAGAGUCCCAGCAGAGAGCAGAGUCCCUGCAGAGAGCAGAGUCCCAGCAGAGAGCAGAUUCCCAGCAGACCAGAGGCUGCUCUCAGUUCGGACAGAGUUCAUUAGAGGAGUGACUCCACCUGUCCUCAACGACCUUCUGGAUAAACUCUUUGAGUCUGAAGUGAUCAGUGAAUCUGAAAUGACGUCAGCCAGAAUCAAACCCAAAAAUGACGGAGCACGAGAGGUGGUGGACGCGGUGCGAAAUAAAGGAGCUGCAGCCAGCAGGGUUCUGAUCAAUGCUCUCCGAGAGCUGGACCCGUAUCUUUCCAGAGAGCUCAACUUGAGCUGAGGCUAAACCUCGUGGAGUGUGUGUGACAGUUGAACUCUAGUCCUCUGUUUUGUUACCUGUACAUGUUUCCCCUUGUCCUUGAAGGUAACACAGAUUCUGAGCGAAGGCCACUUUCCUUCUCUCUUUUCUCCUGGACUCCCUCCUGAGAGCAGCUACCCGUAUAUAUAUAUAUUAAUGCUGUCAAAAUUAUCGCGUUAACGGCGGUAAUUAAUUUUUUUAAUUAAUUGCAUUAAAAUAUUUAACGCAUUUAACGCAUGUGCAGAAUGGCCCGCCCCAUACAU